AUGGCGACCCAAGUCUACGAUUCCUUCUCGCUGUUCCAGGCAGAAAGCUUGGAAUGGGACGCUCCGUUUACAGGGAAGCAUCAAUACACAUCUCCUCAGUCACCAGAAGAAACUGAAAUUCAACAAUCACAUCGCAAGAAAUCGUCAGUCUCCAACAACAAGAAUCCUCCUUGUGCUGAAUCGCCACGCCCUGCGACGCGAAGAAAUAGGGAAGUGUCCAAUUCACAUGGAAAGAAGCAAAUUCGAAGGGGACGUUCAAAAGUGCGACUACUGCAUCGGGUCAAGAAUGAGCGCACUCUGUUGCAAACCAAUGAAUUGCUUCAACAGAUGUUGAAUUUGGAGGAAUCGCUGAAAUCAAAACCCAAAAACCACAGCCCAGUAGACAGCAAGAAGAGAGAAGGCAAACGUGUUCAAGGAUUUGAAGGAAGCAGCCCAAAGGGUUCAACGAAAAACCAGCCUUUUCCCAAACAAUCGGGUAAUGGUAUGAUCAUUCCCCAUCCCAAGAAAGAUCAUCUGAUUCAGAAAUUGGAGGAGAUGGAACAACAAUUCUCGACGCAAGGAGUCCAAAAACAACAACAGCAAAGGUCUGAUGCCAAUGAUCGUACCACAUUGGAAGAAUGGAAACAAUCGUUGAUGGAGCGCGUAAAACAAAAUGCUUCAGCAUCACCUCGUCGACAAAGUCAAAAUACAACAGCAAAGCCAGUAACAACACUAAUACCAGCUACAACGCCUGAUGAACCAUCACCAAGAAGACCGACCGUUGUGAUGACACGCAAGCUGAGGCACGAUCGAGUCAAUACUGACGAUGAUCAGGCAAGUAAAACUUCAUUAGAAUCCUACACCCUGCCGGUCAUGACGAGACCAACAAUGCAACCUUCUUCGCCGACGAGACGAAGAACGAGGAGCAAAUUGGUCGUGAUGAACGCUCAAUUGAGAUCUGCUGCUCCAGCACCCAAGACAAUCAGACUUCAGUCCAAAAUGGUUCUUCCAUUCAAAACAACAAAACUGCAAGAAAUAGUCAAUGCGAGCAAUAGAAAACAAGAAGAAACGGAAGAACAAGAAACAAACAUGAAGAAGAAGGCGGCACAAGAUGACACAAGUCGAGGUCAAGUUGUCGAUUGUGCGGUGCAAAAAAGUGGUUCCAUUCAGAAAUUUCAAGAGCUCCGAGAGAAAACUGACUUGAAAAUUGCUCGUCGAACCACUAGCUUUCGACAAAGUCUUACUGUUUCUUUGGAUGCCGACGGACGACAUGCCCGACAACAAAAAAUCUCGAAACAAGGAUUGCAAACCAUGCGAGAAGCCCGUCAGAAACGAUUGGAACUAUUGCAUCAGCGACAACGGGACGCACAAAAGGCUUAUUUGGAGCAGCAACAGAAACGAAUCUCCAAGCUAUCUGGUGGUUCCUCAAACACUACCAUCAAAGUAGAAAUUGAAAAAGAAAACUAA